ACCCUGACAAUGAAUUUUGACCAGAAGGCGGUGAAAUUCCUGGCAAAUUUUCACAUCAUUGGAGGCGAACACUGGACCCAUGGCCCCCUGAAGCAGAAGCCACUUGUGACUUCCCAGUAACUUCCCAGGGCUCUGGGCGGGCUGGGGGGCGGGCAGCUGGCGUAGGGUGGCUAUCGGCUGGGGGCAUGCUGGCCUCCAGGGGUGCAAGAGCUCCAGGCGGGCCUCAGGAUGCAAACAGGCCUCCAGGAAGCCCCGCCCACCUGCGCCCACAACCUGAGGGAGCCGUGGCUGGAGCGACGCCCCCCCGUCGUGACCAAUCUGGGCGUCCCCGGCCCCACCAGGUACCAGACGCCAGCUGCUUCGGCGCAAGAGUCCUCCCCACAGCCCCACUUCACCAUCGGCUGCCCCCAUGACGCUGCCCCCACCGCAGAGGGUGGCGGCUGCCGGGCGUGGCAGACCAUGUGGUUCCCGAGCGAAAGCCCCUUCACCCAGAACGCCGACUUCAACCGAGAGCAGUGGCCCUCGCCCGCCGCAUACCAGCCGCCCAGCCUGGCCGCCUGCCCGGCCUUCAGCUUCGGGGCGCCUUGCUCCAGGCCCCCCGAGGCCUGAGCCCACUUGGGGAUGCUGCAGGCCCGGGGUUCAGGGCCCCGGGCCCAGCCCCUCCUGCAGGCCCCUCUGCCGACGGGGGACGAGACCGGCCCUGGCUCCAUUGCCUACGACAUCCUCCCCGGGUGCCGCCUGCCGGGCCCCUGCCUGCCCGCUCUCUCCAUGAGCCGCUGGCCCCUGCUGGCCUCCUGGGUGGGCUCCUCCUGCACCCCGGGCCCGGCCGCCUAUGACGUGGAGGACUGCUACAACUCGCGCUUCCCCUCGGCAACGGGGGUGGUUAUCCAAGGCGUGCGGAGACCCAAGUGCCACGACACUGGCCCCUUCUGCGCGCUCUCGAGCCCAGAUGGGAGGGGGCCCUGUGGGCAGUGUGGGACACCCCCACCUAGUCAUGCCAUCCAGGAGAGGGUCCGGCUGCCAGUCUACCCAAGGCUCAGGCUGCUUGCCGAGCCGAGGAACCGGCCGUUGCAGUGGAGGCGGGGGGCAGUCUUGAGCAGCAGCCUGGCCACUGGACUCCUCAUCGCCAUGGACCCGCCUUCCUACCCAGGGGUCGGCCCCAAGACUGCCUCCCUGCAGGGGCUUCACCUGCAGCUUGUGGUGGCUCCUGUGCACCGCAAGAGCUUCUCCCAUGGUGUUAGCGUCAUCCCUUUCCGCAGGGAAGCCAAGUACAAGGGAGUCUGA